AUGGUCAACAACUUUCAAGCCCAAAACCCUUGCCUCACAUUGGCCAAGUACAAGGCCAAGCUACUCUCUGAUUCAGAUGAGCAUGAGUUGCUGGUCCAUCAAGCAAUCAGCACUAUCAAUGAGCACAUGCAUGACAACACCAACUUGCUGAGGGGAGUGCUCUUUCACAAGCCCAACUCUUUGGCGUGGUGGGCAGACCAGAUCAAGAGUGGAUGCCAUCCUUUGGUGAAGCCAAAAGUGGCUUGGAUGUUCAAAUCGGUCCUUCAGUGGCUAGCCACAACAGGGGAUGGGAGUGCAGAUCUCAUGAAUGUGGAGGAGGGCAAUGGUGGCUUGGACAACAGGGACAAUGAUGCAGGUGAAGCUAAUGCUCAGCCUGACACUGACACUGAAUUGAUACACAAAGAGUAUGAACUUGAAGAGGAAGUCAUAGAAGAAGAAGAAAAUAGAAAGCAUGAUGAAUGCAACUGCAGCAACAAUGAUGAUGGCAGUGGUGGCAGUGAUGACAAUGGUGGCAAUGGUGGCAAUGGUGGUGAUGGUGGUGAUGGUGGCGAUGGUGGCAACAGUGGCAAUGACAGUGGUGAAGGCAACAGAGAUGGCAACAAUGGCAACAGUGGUGAAGGUGACAAUGGCGAUGGUGGUGAAGGUGAUGGUGGUGAUGGUGGUGGUGACAAUGGAGACAGUGACAAUGGUGACAGUGGUGAUGAUGACAGUGGUGACAACGACAGCUGCAAUAGCAAAGAGGGCAACAGCAGAGGCAUUAUGAUGCAGAAGCACAUCCACAUUUAA